GGCAGCUGGACGACCGAAGAAAAUGGCGCUUGGACGCAGACUGUGACGGAGAAAGCGGCCAACGGUGAGGGACUCAAGAGACCCGGAGGACCCGGAGGACCAAUGGCGACUGUGGGUGAUGAGCCGACGAGACAACAGCAACGAUCGCUUCCUCUUCAUUCGGCCAUCUUGUUGGCGCUCGACGACUCGGUUGAGGUGAGUAUAGAGUUGGGCGGAAGUUUGGAAUUCUUGUCGUGA